ACCGCUCGCCCCAAGCCAGGAUCUGUGAGCUAGGAGGCAGCGCCUGCACGCCGCCCUGGGCCGGCGCGGGCGCUUGGGCUUGGAGGCGGGGCGAUGGCUUUGCCGCACCAGGAGGCCAGACUGGCGGCAGCCAGCCUCCUCCUGUCUGCAAAUCCCAUCACCGGAGCAAGGGUCGCCCAGUACGAAAGCGAAGACUCCUUAGAGUCCUUGGUAGCAACGGGGUUGGCCAUGGAGGAGGAACAGAAGAAAGUGUGGCAGAUGCGGGCGUCGGUAAUACAGUGUCUCCUUUGGUCCAGGAUUGCCUCAAAUUUGCUAUUUGUGGCUAAGGAUGACCUUAAACUCCUGAUCCUCCUGCCUCCACCUUUCAGGCAGGUUGUCACUGGGAAGGAUGAAGAGAUGGCAUUGGAGAGCACUGCGAACUGCUCUGAUAUUUACCACUCUGAUGAAGAGUAUUUCAGGAAACUCAAAGACCUGAAGGCUGUCCAUGAAGAAACCAUGUCAAAGUUAGAGAAAAUGUACCAGGACAAGCUAAAUAUAAAAGACAUCCAGGCGGUGCUCAUCAGGGGUGGGAUCAGGGAUGCGUCGUCUUCGAGUUCUGCAUCGGAAAAGAGCUGCUCACAUCCUGCCUUGUCAAUGACCUCACUUUCAGAGCGUGACCUAGACGGGUCGUCCUCCUUGUCCACAACUACUGAUGAGGGGUUGCCGGACCUAGAGGAAAAGACUCCCGGGGAAAGCAGCGCAAUGGUCCAUGCCCAGGAGCUCAUAAACAACAUGUGGAACGACUUUUCUGUUGAAGAUUAUAUUCAGUAUGACUCAGACCCCCAAACAGCUAAGAAAAAAAGGAAGAAAGCUAAAUCCUUGACACCCAAGAUUACAGUGCCUGUACCCUUUGAAAUGACGGUAAGAGAGCAGAAUCGGAGAGAGAAGGCCUUGAGUGCUCGGUCAGAUCUGGAAACGAAGCAGAAGCUGCUCAAGAGGGACGAGGACGAUGCAGAGUGUAAGAAGAAAUUCCGAGCCAAUCCUGUUCCUUCCUGCGUGCUCCUUCCCCUUUACGAGGAUCUAGUCAAGCAGAGUGAGGAGCGCAGGAAGAAGGCCCGGGAGAGGAACAGAGCUGCGCUCCUGGCCUCCCUGAAGCCCUUUAAGUUCAUUGCGAGAGAGGAACAGAAGCAAGCAGUCCGCGAGAAGCAGCUGAGAGACCUUUUUAGGGCUAAAAGGAAAACGAAUCAGUUUAAAGCCAGACCUGUGCCUCGUUUUAUUUACAGGCCAGCUGCGAAUGACAAGCCAAAGGAAGAAGAGCUCUAUGGGGACAGCAGGAUGCAGCCAAAGGCCAGAGAUCUGUUACAGAAUUCGCUUUGGCCCAGUCGGUCAGCUUGCAGACGUUUCGGGGACCCCAGAAGUCCUGCAAAGCCCAGGGGUAAACACAGGCGUAGGUGUCUGAGGCGUGAUGGAGACUUAGAAAAAUGGAAGGAAACCUUCUCUGAAUACAGCUUUCUGAAAUGCCCAGUGCUUUGUGAAGAGUGUUGUCUUCACGAAUCCCCUUGUGACUUUGAUAAAAGACAGAAACUCUUGGCAGACAUCAGAGCAGAUGAAGAAAAUUUGAGAGAAACACGCAGGCCGGGUCUGUCUCCUAGGCGCAAGUCACCGGGAAGAAGCUCGAACCCAAAGCCCAGGCCUCGUGAAUGCAGCCCACCGAUGCCCACUGCAUCUUCCCGAGGGCGGGAGCAAGCCAUCAGGAAAUCCCUUGAGGAAAAGAAAAUGUUGGAAGAAGAGAGAAAUCGGAUCCUAACUAAACAGAAGCAAAGAAUGAAAGACUUGCAGAAACUGCUGGCAACCCGGGUUAAGGCUUAUGGCUCCCACCAGAGCUUGUCUCAAAUAGUUAAAUCCAGGGUGAAGGAGCUCAGAAGGAGUGAAAAGGCCAGGAUGAGAGAAUAUUGGCAAGAACUGGAGGAACAAGAGGAAAAACUGCAGAAGAGGCCGAUGUUGUUUGAAAGAGUCACCCAGAGAAAUGCAAGGAUGGCCGCAGAGAGGUGUUACUCUAACACUCUAAAAGCACUAGGACUCCUUGAGGAGUUUGUUUCAGAGAAAGGCCAAAGUGGAAAAGUGUCUGAAGACUUCACCAGGCAAGAGCUGAGAAGCUGCACGUUGGAGAAAGAAAGCUCUUAUGGAGAAGAAAGAGAGAAUGGGGAAGAAAACUAUUUAACUGAUAUCAGCAGCCAGGACUCUUGCAAGGGAAACAAGGAAGAUAAUAAAGAAAGUGGAGAAGAACAUUCUGGAGAAUGAAUCCGAAUCACAAGGUUUCUUAUCUCGCUGACCCUCCCCAUGUGCAGCCUCAGGACUGCAGCGCCUGCGCUUGGGUUUCUGUGAGCAUCCGUGGGGACAGCUCUCACCCACGCACGCCUGCUGACCCAGGACACCAUGCCUGGAAAGGCUGAGUCCACAGGACAAGUGAUUUGGUUGCUACCUUACAGCUUUGCACGCCGAAGUUUAGAAAUUGCUCUUUGUGAUUAUGAUUAUAUUUGUAUUUUCAAAGUGUUUGAGGGUUGGAGAACCACAGCUGUCACAAAUGGAUUAGUUAUGGAAAUGCACAUUUGCAUUUGAUAGGGAAAAAUUGGUAUCGAUAGAACUAUUAGCUUUUAAAGAUCUAUUUUUAAAUGCACUAUUUUCAUUUUUUUCUCAGAACCAUUUUUAAAUAAGUAAUAUGCUACAGAAAAAGUAGAUAUUUGGAAAUUUACAGUAAUUUUGACACUGAAAAGAUUUACUGCUAAAUCCACACCAUGGCUACUUUUUCCUGUUUUUGCCCUUUUUCUGGUGAAGAUUAAAUCUAGAGCUCACACAUACUUAACUCAAUGAAUUCUACCAUUUGCUAUACCCUCAAUCUUCCCAAGUUAUUUUUGAUAGAUAAAGUAUUAAAAUUACUUAUGCUACUUUUAGAAUCCUGUGUAUUCUUAUAUAUAGACUAAUUAUGGCCCUUGUGAGUGGUAAUCUUAAGAGAUAAAGGUUACUGUUCUAUAUAUGCU